AUGGAAGAUGCGACCUGUCAUGGUUGUGGCGAAAAAGGGCAUGUAAAGACCAGCUACCCAAAGAAGGCGACUAAAGGAAAAGGCACUUCAAAUGCGCAAGCUAAGCCUUGUGGGAUCUGUAAUAAGGAAGGGCACAAGACCUUGGAGUGCCAAGACAUAAAGGACGCAACCUGCUAUGGUUGCAAUGAAAUAGGGCACAUCAAAACUAUUUGCCCUAAUAAAACCAAGAAGCCUGGGGAGGCUAAGAAGACCAAAGCUGGAAGCUCUCAAAUGGAUACUCAAGAGGCUAUUCAGGAUGACAAUGUCACAACAGCUAUUAGAAAGGCUAUGAGAAAAGCCAUGAAAAGGUUCAAGAAGCCAGAUGUUGCACGCUCUAAAACACAUGUCGCUGCUCAUAAGAAGAGCUUUAUUCAGGCUUCAAAUGCGAAGUAUAACCCAAACAAAAUAAUUUAUGGCAAGGAGCCCAUUCCUUUUAGAAUGUACUUAAAAGUACUCCGUCUCUUGGAAGUCAAGAGACUUCAAUAG